UCUGCCGUCAUCAGUGAAAGACAAAGACAGAGUUUAUUGAAGGACAGUGAGAAGAUGAGUGAUCCAGAACCCUGCAGAAUUAAACAGGAAGAGACUGAAGAACUAAUAGAUGUGAUGUUGAAGGAGGAGAGCGAGGCUCUUAGUGAAGACGAGGAGAAACAUCAUGUCAAAAGUGAAGAAAAAACUCAGACAAAGGACAAACGCAAUAUUAUACAGAGCAGAAAAAAGAAAAGAAAGGAAAACAAAGGAAAAGAUUUGACCUGCUCUCAGUGUGGAAAGAGUUUCAGCCAGAAAUAUGUCCUCAAGGUUCACAUGAGGAUCCACACUGGAGAGAAACCUUACAAGUGUUCACACUGCGAAAAGAGAUUCAAACGUUCAGGACACUUGAAAAGACAUGAAAUGAUCCACACUGGAGAGAAACCACACAAGUGUGAUCAGUGCGGCAAAUUAUUUUCCUGGCCUACAGAUCUGACAAGACAUCUUAGAGUUCAUACAAAGGAGAAGCCUUAUUCGUGUUCUGAGUGUGGAAAGAGUUUUUCUCAGUGGUCAAUUUUAAAUAUACAUCAGAAGUUCCACACUGGUGUGAGAGAGCAUGUGUGCAUUGACUGUGGGAAGAGUUUUACCAAAACUGGAGACUUGAAACGACACCAUAUGGUCCACACUGGAGAGAAACCAUUCACAUGCACUGAGUGUGGGAUGAGUUUUAAACAAUCAACAAACCUUAAUAAACACAUGCUAAUCCACAUGGUAAAGAACCCUUACAAGUGUUCACACUGUGACAAGAGAUUCAGCCAGUUAAGACACAUGAAAGCACAUGAAAUGAUCCACACUGGAGAGAAAACACACACAUGUGAUCAAUGCGGCAAAACAUUUUUGAAGGCUUCAGAUAUGUUGGACCAUCUUAGAGUUCAUACAAAUAAGAAGCCUUAUUCAUGUUCUGAGUGUGGAAAGAGUUUUACAUAUCAGUCAAAUUUAAAAGUACAUCAAAUGUGGAUUCACACUGACAAAGCAUUCACACAUAAUUUGUGUGGGAAGAGUUGUAAGCAAUCAUCAAACCUUAAACACCAGCUGAUCCACACUGGAGAGAAAACACACAAAUGUGAUCAAUGCGGUAAAACAUUUUUGAAAGCUUCUCAUCUGACAGACCAUCUUAAAGUUCAUACAAAUGACAAGCCUUAUUCAUGUCCUGUGUGUAAAAUGAGCUUUAAACGUUCUCGAGAUUUAAAUUCUCAUCAGCAGAUCCACACUGAUGUGAGAGCGUUUGUGUGCUUUGAGUGUGAGAAGAGUUUUAUGAGAGCUCCAGACCUGAAACAACACAUGAAGAUCCACACUGGAGAGAAACCUUUCAAGUGUUCACACUGCGACAAAACAUUCAGACAUAGAGGACAUCUGAAAACACAUGAGAGUAUUCACACUGGAGAGAAACCAUACACAUGUACUGAGUGUGGGACGAGUUUCAGAGCUUCAUUUUCCCUUUAUUUACACAUGCUGCGCCACACUGGAGAGAAACCACAUAAAUGUGAUCAAUGCGGCAAAACAUUUUUGAGGCUUUCAGAUCUGAGGAAGCAUUGUCUGGCUCACAUAAAAGAGGAGCCGCAUUCAAGUUCCUUGUUAGGAAAGAGUGAACAUCAAUGACAUUUACCUUAUCUUAUUUAACUUAAACUGUAUAGCCUGGAGAUCCAGAUAAGCAAUCAAUUAGUCUUUAAUUUCAUAGAUGCAGCAGUCUCAGCAUGGAACCCCAAAGCUUUCUCUCUACAGACACUUUCUCCAGCUAUUCUGGGUGGAUUUCAAUGUGCUCCCAGGCAAGCAGAAGGACAUAGUCCCUUCCAGCAUGCCCUGGAUUUUCUCUGGGACCUCUUCCCGGUGGGACAAGUCCAGAACAGCUCCCUUGGUAGGUGUCCAGGAGUCAUUUGAAACCGAUUUCCAAGCCACCACAGCUAGCCCUUCUUGAUGUAAAAGAGCAAUAACUCUACUCUGAGCUCCUCUUGGAUGACAGAUCUCCUUUCCCUAAGAGUGCUCCCUGCCACCCUGGAAAUGAAGCUCAUAUCUGCCACUUGUAUGCAAGAUCUUGUCCUUUCAAUCUUGCCCAAAAGGUCUUUGGUCUUGUUACUAAGAUCUUUUCUUUUUGGCUCGUGGGAGUUCACCCGUGCAGUCCACAUGUGCUUUGUGGACAUGAAGAAGGCAUUUGACCUGUGGAAUUCAGCUGUGGAAGUAUAGGGUACAAGACACUCUGUUAAGGGCUGCCAGGUCUUUGUGACCACAGCAGGAGUUCGCUUCCCAAAUUGGGCUCUGGCUUUCUUCUGGUUGGUGGAAAGUCUAUGUCCCAGGUAGAGUUCAAUUAUCUUGGGGUUUUGUUACCAAGUCAGGGAAGGAUGGAAAGGAAGUUUGACAGACAGAUUGGUGUAGUGGCAGCAGUAAUGCAAUCUAUGUAUGGUCUGUUGUGGUAAAGAAGGAGCUAAGCUGAAAGAUGAAGCUCUUGAUUUACAGGUCAAGCUACAUUACUACCCUCAUCCCAUUUGGGUCAUGAACAAAAGGUCUUUGGUCUUAUUAUCAAGAUGUCCAUUUGGUCAUGACCCUAAGGUUUGAGAGUAGGAAUGUAAAUUUACUGGUAAAUCACAGGCUUUGGCUUUCUGCUCAGCGCUUUCUUUCUUUACCAUAACUACUGCUGCACUGAUUUGUCUGUCAAACUCACAUUUUAUCCCUCCUUCACUCAUAAACAAAACCUCAAGAUACUUGAACUCUACCUGCACUGUCCUCCAACCAACCAGUCCAAUAUGAGAACCAAACUCCUGUGGUCAUACAGACACAAAACAGCCUUUAACAGAGUGUCUUGUACCCCAUACUUCCACAGCAGAAUUACUGAGAGUGCCUCAAGAGACAUGGUCAAAUGCCUUUUUUAUGUCCAAAAAGCACAGGUAGAUUGGAUGGACUAACUCCAACAAACCUAAGCACCUUCGUUGAACCCAUUUGAGUUCAACAGCUCCCUACAUCCACUAUAAACAGUGUUGGUGAAGCACUGCUUUUUCUUCCUGAAGUUUCUGACAGUUUGCCAAAUUUCUUUGAGGGCUGCACAAUGGUCGUCUUCCCGGUCUUCCGUGGUCUCCCGAACUGUCCUCUUUUGAUUUCGUGACCAUCCAGGAAGGAACAUGCCUGGCCAGUGGGUACUCAUUAGGCGCAUCAAAAGUCCCACACGCCAACCAGGCCUGGUAGGACUCCUUCUUGACCUCAACAACAUCACCUACAUUUUGGUGUCCACCACUGGGUUUGCAGAGUCAGGCAACAGAGGCCUUAGAGCUCCUUAUGUCAACAAUGGAGUUUGAGAACACGGGCCACUUGGUUUCACAUCUCCAGCCUCUAUUGCAAUCUAGUCAAACCUCUUAUCAAGUCUCUGAAUCAAUCACCCAGUCUUGUAGAAAGUGUUUUA